AUGACUCUCGCCUAUCGCAACGCUCUUCAAGAUCCCGACUUCCUAAAUAGCACGGCCAGUGACAAGGUGUCGUGGCACUUUGUGCCUCCAAGUGCUCCACACUUCGGAGGUCUUUGGGAAGCCGAGAUCAAGAGUGUUAAACAUCACUUGCGUCGCGUACUCGGCAGCCACACCCUCACCUAUGAGGAAUUUACGACGCUUUUGUACAAGGUUGAGGCGUGUUUAAACUCGCGUCCGAUCGCGCCGUUGAAUGACUCCAUCGACGACUUCGAAUUUUUAACUCCGGGUCAUUUUUUAGUUGGCUCUGCGAUCACUACUCAUCCAGAACCAUCGCUCAUCAACUUACGAGAGAAUCGUCUGACUCGGUGGCAGGUCCGAAAGAAGUGGCGUCAAGAGCAGCCCUCGAUUAAAUCAGGUCAGCUCGUACUAAUUCGUAAUGCCACGCUUCCACCAUGCAAAUGGGAACUGGGCCGAGUGACUCAAUGUCACCCCGGUGCUGACGGCUUAGUUCGUGUCGUUACUGUCCGAACGGCGACAGCGGAGUACAAGCGGCCUAUAGUCAAGCUCUGCAUCCUUCCGGUCGACUGCGCGACCUCCGACUAA